AGGUUAUACUCCAGAGUCCAAGUGGAAGGAUUCUCCCUUACAAGAGCUGUGUGACAGUGUGAGUUCAUCUAUUGCAGGCGGAGGUUUCUGCUUUUUUUGAUCGAUCGGUGAGUUUUCUGAAACACCUUCUUCUAUUUCAAGUUUGAUUCUAUUAUACACAACGGAGCAUAUUGGGUGAGUGAAAACAGCAAAAUAUAAUUUCUAGUUCAUUUCUAGAAAUAGCUCAUUUCUAGGAGGUGCAACUUUUAUCGGUGGAAAUAGUUCAUUUCUAGUCCGUGUCUGUAAUGUCUUUUGACACCGGGCUUCUCUUCUGGUUGCUGCUCCUGAGCAGUUCAUCGUUGUGUUUUGGUUCUGAACUUGAUAUCCAAUGCCUGAAGAGUGUAAAGCGAUCGCUGAUCGAUCCUAGUGGAAUACUCAGAUCGUCAUGGAAAUUUUCUCAGGAUGGAACCACAAAUUCCAUAUGCAAUUUUAUGGGCGUGAUAUGCUGGAACCCUGACGAAAACAGGAUUCUAGGUUUGUCUCUCGGCAGUCUAGGACUGCAAGGCCAAUUUCCUCGAGGUCUUGAGCAUUGUACAUCUCUGGUUAGACUGGACUUGUCAAAUAACAGUCUUUCAGGGCCCAUCCCUUCUGGCAUCUCAUGGCAGCUGCCGGAUUUGUCAUCUCUGAACCUCUCCUACAAUCGUUUUUCAGGCGAAAUACCUGUUAAUAUCAGUGAGAUGACAUAUCUAUAUAGUAUCGGCCUUCAGCACAACAAGCUGACCGGUUCAAUUCCAGGGAAAUUCGCUCUGCUUUCUCGGUUAGAGUCGUUCAAUGUUUCAGACAAUUUACUGUCUGGCCCUAUUCCAGUUGCUUUAUCAAAGUUUUCGACUUCAUGCUUUUCUGGGAACCAAGGUCUCUGCGGUGUACCGUUUGAUAGUUGCAGCACAAGCUACGGUGACUACAGUAUCGGAAUAAUCGGAGCGGCCGUCGGGUUCGUCGUGGGUUUUGUGGGAGCCUUGUACAUCUCUCACUGCCUCUUCUUUCUACGGGACGCGCCGGCCCUACGUCUAUCACACACAUGAGAUGUAUUUGUUCUGAAACCAAAUGAGAUUUCUGGAGGCCAAAUGAGCACUCCAAAAGCAGUCAGUACUCCCUCCGUUUCACAAUAUAAGUCAUUUUAACAUUUUUCACAUUCAUAUUGAUGCUAAUAAAUCUAAAUAGAAAUAUAUGUCUAGAUUCAUUAGCAUCAAUAUAAAUAUGGUAAAUGUUAGAAUGACUUAUAUUGUGAAACGGAGGAAUUAGUAUCUUUUUCCCCUUAAGCAGUAUUGCAGCAAUAUGUAUAACCAGGCUUAGCAAGGGCCGGUGUUUCCGUGUUCACAUGGGAAAAAUGUUCAGCCUACUUCCCGAUAUCAA